GCUGCCCGGCCCCUCCCCUCCCCCGCGAGCUGCGCACCGGCAGCCGGCUGACCCAGCAGCCCGCGCCCUUGUCCGCGCGAGCUGGCGGCGGGCUCCAGUCAGCCGGCGACAUGAGCGGCGGCGACGACGUGGUGUGCACCGGCUGGCUGAGGAAAUCGCCUCCCGAGAAGAAGUUGAGGCGCUAUGCUUGGAAGAAACGCUGGUUUAUCCUGCGGAGCGGCCGGAUGAGUGGCGACCCAGAUGUUUUGGAAUACUACAAGAAUGAACACUCCAAGAAACCCCUGCGGAUCAUCAACCUGAACUUCUGUGAGCAGGUGGAUGCAGGCCUGACCUUCAACAAGAAAGAGCUUCAAGAUAGUUUUGUGUUUGAUAUCAAGACCAGUGAACGCACUUUUUACCUGGUGGCUGAGACAGAGGCCGACAUGAAUAAGUGGGUCCAGAGCAUCUGCCAGAUCUGCGGCUUCAAUCAGGCUGAGGAGAGCACAGACUCCCUGAGAAACCUUUCUUCAGUCAGUCAUGGUCCCCGCUCUUCUCCAGCUGAGUUCAGCAGCUCCAGUCAGCACUUGCUCCGAGAAAGGAAGUCCUCAGCCCCUUCACACUCUAGCCAGCCCACUUUAUUCACAUUUGAGCCCCCUGUGUCAAGUCACAUCCAGCCUGCCUUGUCCACCAGUGCACCUCAGGAGUAUCUCUACUUGCACCAGUGCAUAAGCCGAAGAACAGAAAAUGCGAGGAGUGCCAGCUUCUCUCAGGGCACCCGGCAGAAGAGUGAUACAGCCGUGCAAAAACUUGCCCAGGGCAAUGGACACUGUAUCAACGGAGUCAGCGGUCAAGUCCAUGGCUUCUAUAGCCUUCCCAAGCCAAGCCGACACAACACAGAAUUCAAAGACAGUACUUAUGACCUCCCCCGUAGCCUGGCUUCACACAGUCACACCAAGGGUAGCCUCACAGGGUCUGAGACAGAUAAUGAGGAUGUGUAUACCUUCAAGACACCUAGCAACACCCUGUGUCGGGAGUUUGGAGACCUCCUAGUGGACAAUAUGGAUGUUCCAACCACCCCUCUCUCAGCAUACCAGAUCCCUAGAACAUUCACACUGGACAAGAACCACAAUGCCAUGACAGUGGCCACUCCUGGAGACUCAGCCAUAGCUCCCCCUCCUCGACCUCCCAAGCCAAGUCAAGCAGAAACACCUCGGUGGGGAAGCCCUCAACAAAGACCUCCAGUCAGUGAAAAUAGCAGAUCUGUAGCUGCUACUAUCCCCAGGCGCAAUACCCUCCCUGCAAUGGACAACAGUCGACUCCACCGAGCUUCUUCCUGUGAGACCUACGAGUACCCAACCCGAGGCGGAGAGAGUGCCAGCUGGUCUGCUGAAUCUCCAGGGAAGACUAUCGUGGGUCGAUCAAACAGUGCCAGCUCUGAUGACAACUAUGUGCCCAUGAACCCAGGUUCUUCUACCCUGCUGGCUAUGGAACGAGCAGGGGAAAAUUCCCAAAGUGUCUACAUCCCCAUGAGCCCAGGGCCCCAUCACUUUGACCCACUAGGCUACCCAUCCACAGCCCUUCCUAUUCAUAGAGGCCCCAGCCGAGGAAGUGAGAUCCAGCCACCCCCGGUCAAUCGUAACCUCAAGCCUGAUCGGAAAGCAAAGCCAACACCCCUUGACCUGAGAAACAAUGCCGUCAUCGAUGAGCUCCCUUUCAAGUCACCUGUCACCAAGUCUUGGUCCAGGGUCAACCACGCCUUUAACUCCAGCUCCUCCCAGUACUGCCGUCCCAUCUCCACACAAAGCAUCACCAGCACAGACUCGGGAGACAGCGAGGAGAAUUAUGUCCCUAUGCAAAACCCAGUGUCUGCAUCCCCUGUCCCCAGUGGCACCAACAGCCCAGCUCCGAAGAAGAGUACUGGCAGUGUGGAUUACCUAGCCCUGGACUUCCAGCCGGGUUCCCCGAGCCCUCACCGCAAGCCAUCCACAUCAUCUGUCACGUCGGAUGAGAAGGUAGAUUAUGUCCAAGUGGAUAAAGAGAAGACCCAGGCCCUGCAGAACACCAUGCAGGAGUGGACAGAUGUGCGGCAGUCCUCAGAACCUUCCAAGGGUGCCAAGCUGUGAUAAAGGGGGGCACCAAGUUCAAGGGCCAUGAGCAGCUGCUCAGAGCUGGCUCUUUGUCACCUCCUUCUCCAUCCCUCCCCACAUCUCCUCUCCUCUGUACCACGUUCAGCCUUUAAAGCACUCAACAUCAGGGACCCUGACCCUUACCCCUUGGAGGCAAGGGCCUGACAGAUAUUUCCUCUGCCACUUGGGGUCUACCUGUGACAUCUCAAUACUAGCUGUGCCUCCACCACCCUUGUUAGGAGCUGUUGCCAAAAAAAAAAAAAAAAAAAAAAAAACCCUCCUGCUUUGGACCCACUUGUCUGCUGCUUGGACUCUUAGAGGGAGGGCUGAGGCUCUGAGCCAGGCCCAUGCCUCCUGUCUGCUCACUGCUCUCGACCCUCUACCUCAGGGCUGCUUCUCCAUUCCCAGAGUAAUCGAUAACCCAGGGAGCCGAGGAUCAGCAGACUAAAGUAGACAUGGGCUUUCACCUCCCUGCUGUUUUUGGCAAAGGAAAGGCAGCUGCCACGAGAAGAGAAGGUUGAUAAUGAAGGUCAGAAGUCUCUUUGAGUGACAAAGAAAUUGGGUUCCCAGGCACAGAAGGGUAGCUAAUCGCCUGCAGGGUGGUACCCAAUUAUCAGGCCAUGGUGCACUGGUGUAGACUGGGAGAGGCAAGGGAUGAAGGACAGCAGGAAGGAAAAGUGAUGACAAGCGACUGGGAACAAAGAACAGGGCUUGGAGUAACAAACCCUGGAGCUAGAGGGCUCAGCCACUCUGGGACAGGAAGUGUUCUUUCCUGGCCCAGACAGACAUAAGAGAGUGAGAAAGAGUAGGGGUGAUGCAGGAGCUGGGAUGCGGGAGGGCCCUGGGACAGGAGUGUGCUAGGCACCAGGGACACUGGCAGUGAUGGCACAGAAAGCAGGUUACUAGGAAGUAGGAGGGUGCAGAGAUGACUUAGGGGCUGGGAGGCUGGCCACGCAGCAGGUGGGGAGGUAUCCAGAGGGCCUGAUAGAGAGCCCAAGGCCACUGCAGGAGGGAGAAUGGGAAGGAGCCAUACUUGAUAAAAUCUAGGGAAUACAUGAAGAUCUGGGUAAUGGCUUGUGCCAGAUAGAGGCAGUGACUAAGUGCCAGGCCAGGUCUUUUUCUCAGCUCUCCUCUAAGGUGUCCUCAGCUACGGGAUGGUAGACUAUCCCUCUCCUCCCGUGGGGUCAGAGGGAUGAGAAGUAGACAUCAUUUAAGGCUCCUACGAUAUGGCAGAGAGUGCUGAACGUGUUUGUGUGGAAGGUGGUUGGCCAAAUCUUCAAACAUUUCAUAGAAAAUGGAACAAACCAGCAUUUCAUUUUGUUUUAGAAGAUCAGACCAUUAUCCUCUAAAUCUAGGACCUUUUGGCACUAGAGGCACACCUCUCCUGUCUCCUCUAAAGAGCCCUAACGAGCAGUUCCUCAGUAAUAGCCCUUCUCACACGAGGAUGGAUUAUUUAGUAAUGGCUGCCAAGCCCUGUGCUAUGGAUGAAUCCUACCUUGUGAGGUCACAACCAGUGAGAAAAGUAAAAGAUAGACUACUUACUCCCAAGUACAGAAGGAGGGAAGGUGCUAAGAGAGACUGGGCCACAGCAAGGGGAGGCCUCAUGAAAAAGCAGAAUGAGUUAUGCAGAAAAGGCAGGCAGACAGGGCUGGCUCCCCAGAGGGGACAGGAUGAGGGAAUCCUCAGCUCUGAGAACAGAAGGUGUUUGAAGGCGGGACGGCAGCCUCGGAAGUGUGUGCUAUCACUUUGAGUGAAAUGGCGCUGUGGUUGGUGGCACUGAACAAGGUUACAGGGUACUUGGCUGGCUUUGCCCAUGCUCAUGGCACCCUUUAAGACCCUUCAGUGGGGCUCCCACAUAGCUAAGCUUUUGACUGGAGCUGGAGCUCAUAGCAGGUCCAGGUAUCAUUGGCGCCAGCAGCCACCCGAGUGCAUGUUCUGAGUUGAUAGUGCCAUGUGGGUGGACCUGGCUGCCACUUGCCGAGACCGAGGUGUUCAAGUCUAGUUAGUCCUGCUCUGGUUCCAACCUUUGGAAAGCUGAGCUCUGACUCGAUAUGCCCAGUCUCCUAGCACUAUGUCUAAUGUACCUACCAACCCAUCCUCCAAACCCUGAAUAGGAAAAGCCAAUUCCAUUUUAAAAAAAUAAAGUCCUUUGACCAACCUAUGGGUCAAAAUUCAGCUCCCCUGGUGGCUGUCAAGGAUUGUGACCCAAGAACACUCAUCAUCUCUUAGCUGGCAUAGCUCCCACAAGAACCUGUCCUGCAGGGACACUUCCAGCUCCACCCUGCAAGGUUAAAGUUGAGUAGGAACAGUGAAGAAAGGACAUGGCAUCUCCUUGAGACUUGCCAAUCUGUGAAAUGGGAUGGUCCCAGCUGAUGCUGUGUUGCUGUGAGGAGACCCUGAAGGAUCCUUUGAAGGUCUGGGUCACAGGGGAGGCGCAGCACACAGAACAUUAGCUAGUUAACUCCAUCCCUCCCUCUCUGUAUUUUGCUGAUAGCUAUAGUUGACACCAUGAAAAUCAGUCCCCAUCCCAUAACAGAAGGACAACCAUUCUCAAGUUACUGGAAUGUGGGUUUGGGUCUAGUCUGCCUUUGGGCCAUCUGUCUUCUAUAGUCCCAGCCAUGGCUCCCUCCCUCCCUACAACAGAGUUUUACAGGCUAUGAGGGGAAGUAGCUCUUCCUUUCCAUUUAGGACUUUGGCUGUAAAUUGUGGGGAAGCAGUUUAACCUCAGAGGGCCAUCUUUCUGGAACUUGCCAUAUUCGGGGCCUGGGCCCAGCAGGAGCAGCCAGACUUGACAGGGGCGCCUAAGUGGUGAUUUGUGCUGUCAUGGUAUCUGGUGGUAUGUGUUCUUGUGUAAUCUGUUGGCUACUUGUGUCUUGAAACUUAGAAUCAUUUCACACAGGAUUGUCACUAUUUGUUGAAAAGAGAAAAUGAAGUAGAAGCAGCCUAGUCUUAUAUUCAUGUCUUGUUGCCAUUUAAGAUUGACAUUUAAUUUUUCAAAUCAUUGUUGGUGCCUAAUCACUUAAGUUAUUAAUUUAUUCUGUUUUCAAAGAAAUUUGUAACAUGUAUUUAUCUUGUGAGGUCUGGGGGUGGGGCGGGAAAUGUGUUCAAGUGAGUUAUGUUUUUGUAGUGGUGACAAAUGGUACAGGCCUGGAGCUUGAGGUCCCUUUUUAUUAUGGUGUAGAAGCAGGACAAUAAAGUCCUUUAGAAAUGCAA